UAUUCCUGUCACUGCUGGUAAUAAAUGAAAGCAUUCGCAGUCGAGACGCCGAAGACGAAGAGUCGCAACGCUGUGUGAAAAAAAGUGAUUUCUAUUCGAGUUAAUAAUAAUCGAAAGAAAUCGUGUGUUAGCAGUUUCAAGAAGUUGAGAAGUUCGUUCGAAUUAAUUAAUUUGCAAAAUGAUGUCCCCAUCGAGUGUCCAAGAAGAUGCCAAACUUGACGCGAUGCAACGCCAAUGGCUGUCCAAACGAAGUCGGUCUUCGCUCUUUGACGAUUUGGCCCCAGAGAGUGAACUGUUGGCGCUUCCAGUACCGGCGCCGUGUGGUCCCGCUGCUAAGCCGCUGUUGAAGGUUCCGGAGGUCUCGAGCAAGGAAGAAGAGCUCGAGUACGCCUGGGGCUCUUUCCAAGACCAAGUCGUCCCCGAACCCACCGACCCAUCCACCCCUCAACCCUCCUCCGUCACCCUCGACGCCUCAAAAAUCGGCGACUUCCCCGCCGUCUACACCGUCUGCCCCCUCUCGCCCCACCAGAUGCCCGUAAUCGGCGUCUACGUCGACCCCCGCGUAAUCCCCGGUUUCAAAUACCGCGUGCGCCCCCUCCCGGCCAUCGGCCAGCCCUCCACCACCCACAAGUGUCUCUUCAACGACUCUGCCCUCGUGCUCAAAUCGAUCGGUCGCGGCUACGCCCGCCGCUUCACCUUCGAAGCCACCACCAGCCUCAACAACAACAAGAACUACUUCUGGAGCGACAACCGGCCAGAAGGGUACGCCUUCGAGCUCGAACUCAUCUCCCAAGGGGACAAAUUCACCAUCUUCGACGCCAACCGGGAGCCCCAAGGCACCGUGGAAGUGCUGCAAGUCGAGGGACCUCAGUAUGAAAUUAGUAAUAUUUGCAGCAAACUAAAUAUUGAAAAGAGAGCCAAUGUUAGGCUUACGGGUAAGGUAGAGUUUUACGAGACGGGGGUGGCGAAGCCGAUGCCGCUGAGUGGAGUCGUUCUGGCCACUAAGUAUAAGGGGAAGGCAGCAGCUGAGAUUGUUAAGGUGUUGAACGUGGUGAUACAGAGGCACAGGUACACGCUGCUGCCGGGUAUACAGAAAGUACACAGAAGGGUGACCGUUAAAGGGACGGAUAUUAAUGACGUGCCGACGCAGUACUCGAUGCACGGGUUGGAGCACUACGAACUACCAGUUGUAGGUACAUACGUGGACCCUAGAGUCAUCCCCGGGUUCCACUACAAAGUGCGACCAAACGACCGCAAAGACCACCUAUUCGGGGGCAGAGCCCUCAAGCUCCUCAGCAUCGGAAUGGGCUACGCGAAGCGCCUGACCUUCCAACCUGACUCUCUAGUCCACCCAGACAACUACCUCUGGUCCGACAACCACCCAGACGGCCUCGGUCUCGAAAUCAAAGCCGUCCACCAAAACAUGAAGUUCGUGAUCAAAUCAGGCGACCAAACUCGAGGAGAGGCGUCGGUGUUCAGAGCUGACAAGCCCCAAAUCGAGGAAAAAAUGGAAAAAGUUAUGACCGCGUCCGGUAAAUACGCCAUCGAAAAAUACGUGCACAUCGACCUCAUGUGUCACGUCAACAUCGAAAUCCCGGGUGGCUGCUGCGACGGUAGCGACGAGCGCCUGAUGCGAGUCUACGGAUUGGCCGUCAUCCGCAAAGAACCCAAUAGGAACGAAGCUCACGUGAUAAGGGUCGAAAAUGUGGGUCUCGACUCUCAGUUGAACGUCUUGUUUGCGCAGACGCACACAGAGCUCACUUUUUUCCCCAAGAAUUGAACAGUGGAGAUAUUAAGCGUGACGUAUUAGAUGCAAUGUGAUUUUUCUAGGUUAGGUUUAAGUUAUUUUUUAUUUUGUACUAGAGAUGUAUACAUUUACUUAAUAAAGAGUUUUGUAAUGAA